CCUCCCUCCUGUCCUCCGAGUACAUGCAGCUGGGCAGUGUCCUCAGCGGCCUCAGCGACUUGCUGCAUGUGCUCAUGGGGGUACGACUGCAAGUAGAGGCUGCUGACGUCGCCAACAUUGCCAACCGCAACGCUAACGGUCGUGUUGGCGCAGCAGCCGGGGUGUUGGGGCGCCCUGAAGCGCAGCCUCAGGAUCAGCCGCAGCCUCGGCCCGGGGCUCAAGGGGUAGUUGAAUCCAAUGCAGAGCUUUGGGACCCACGGGUCAUUCGUGUGACGGUGUGGUCGGAACGCGUUGACCAUCAAGGGUUUUGCCCAGGGCAAGAAGAGGAAGGAGGAGGGGCAGUCCUAGCUGGCGUAAUCUAUCUGGAUCCGGGAUCUGGGUACGGCACACGACAGCUCAGAUUCCCGGUUGCAACAGCUGCAGCUAAUGAAGCGGCAUCAGGACAUCGACCACAUCAGUCUCCAAGUACCAUGCCGGGUGAUAUUGCAUCAGUGCAAACAAAAGCGCCGUCGUCGGUGUUGGGGGGUGUCAUCGGUUUCAGCAGCAGCAGCAGCAAUGCUGACGGCGACAGCGGUUUCAGAGCGCUGCCGUACGAAACCGUUCCGGCGGUGGCAGUCGGCCUGCAGUACGAAUGGCGUGACGGCGUUGCAGACCGCCCCUCAGCCCUCCACGAGCUCCUCCACGAGACCGGACACGCACUGCACCUCCUCCUCUCCUCCUCCCCUGCCGCUAGCAACAGCAACAGCCGCGAUAGCACUGGCAGCACACACCGCAGCACCGCAUGCCGCCAAAACGCCAUGCACUUCGGCGGCCUGCAGCUGCCCCUGGACCUGCUUGAAGUGCCCUCGUCGCUGCUGCAGUCGCUGUCGUACGACCCCGCGGCGCUCGCAUGGCUCUGUCGCCGCCGCCGCCAACUUCCCCCCUGCCGUCCACAUUCGAAAAUGCGAUCCUGGCACCAAGAGCAGCAGCAGCAGGACUUACAACAGAAGCAGCAGCAGCAGGGGUCAGGGCAACGAGUGCAGCCAGAGCUCGAAAAGGAGGAAGCAAAGCAGCCGGUGAAGGAGGACGGAGCGCAGGGAGGAGCGGAGGAAGGGUGGGAAGAGGAGAAGGAGGAGUUCUUGCCGGCUGAGCUCUGUUCCCAGCUGGCCACCUACCUGGCGGCUGAGCACUGCAGCGCGCUAGGAGUGGAGCGCAAGGUGCGGGCCAGCCUCGUGGACCUUGUGCUGCACUCCGCCGAUUGGGCCGGCCAGCGGGGGGGGCCAUCAUCAUCAUCAUCAUCAUCAUCAUCAUCAUCAUCAUCAUCAUCAUCAUCAUCAUCAUCAUCAUCAUCAUCAUCAUCAUCAUCAUCAUCAUCGUCAUCAUCGUCAUCACCAGCAGCAGGGGCCGCCGCGGCGGAGGACCUCCCGCUGGGAGCUGCUGCUGACGUGGCGGAGCUGUGGCUGGCGGUACGGCAGUCGUACGGCAGUUUGCCGUACUGCCCUGCCACACUGCGGGAGCUGGCGGCGCUGCCCUCCCUGGCGCACUACCAGGCAACCUUCCACGCCUACCUCCUGGGCCUCGUCGCGGCGAGCUGCUUGCGCCUGGCGCACCCGCACAUCCCACCCCCACCCCCACCGCCUGCUGCUGAAGCAGCCGCUGCUGCCGGGCCGAGGCUUGGGCGACGGCCUUGGGCGGAUAUUCGGCGGGAUGUGUUCGAAGCGGGCGCCGCGGAGGACCCCGAGGAGCUCCUUCGUCGCAUGCUGUCGCAGUCCCCGCGGCCGUUGCCAGCAGAGCUGCCGCCGCCAGCAGCGGGGCUGGCAGGGGCAGACGCGGCGGCGGCGGCGCAAGCGGGAAGGACGGCGGCGGGGCGGCAGGCGGGUGUUCAUCCGCCGUGGGGGCCUACUGGGGUGCCACAGGGUGUGGAGGGCAUGGCGGCAUGCGGG